GGCAGAUACUGAGUGAUGAUGCUUAUAGUUGUUCUUAGAAGGAAAAAAACCCCUCAGCAUACUCUUGACACGAUGCCUACAGAUCUCACAAACAGAAAGAGCUGAUAAGAGGGUAGAAGAGAGAUUCUACAAUACAAACAAGGGAUUCAUAAUAGCAGAGCAGAAAAUAAGAAGAAAGAGGAUAUGUUUCCUUUACGAAACAAAGUCAAUGAUAUUAUUGCCUACAGGUUACACUUGACCUGAAAGAGAUCAAGAGCUUGAGUAUCAAAAUACAAUAUGGUUCUUGCUGGAUGGCUCUGGAAGGACAAAUCCAGAAGACUCCAAGGAGAACUGACUUAACUGGGAAUUUCCAGAACAGCUGGCCAUGGCUGCAACAGUCUGGAAUCCCAACAUAUAUCCAGAUGGUUAUGUCCCUUCAAGGAACAAAUUCCACUCAAGAAAGACAUGUACGAGUUACAGCUGGACAAACAACAGUUGCAUACACAGUUAACUCUCAGUACAUUGGCCAGAGAAAUGAAUUUUUUUGCCAAAGUUUGCAUAACAGUGAGACACUACUGACAUAUGGCUACCCUAAAGUGAUCAAUCUGACUCUCAUGGUACAGAAAUUAGAAAACAAAGCCAAAACAACCUUUGAACUUCAAUACGAUGACAAAAAUAUAACUGUGAACUUGGAUGUUAAUACCCAUUUUGAACUGUAUGGUAUGUUUGAACUCAUGGCAGAAGUAAAACAUUCAAUAUCUAUUCUCAAGCAUCUUGGACUUCCCUUCUUCAUUAAGAUGACAUUCCUUGAAAUCCUGACUGCAAAUGAAAUUGAAGGGUCUCUGACAGUGACCUGUGAGCCAAAUGCAAGCCUCUCAUUCACCGUCAAUAAGAAAAAUGAGCAGCAAAGUGAAGAACUGAAUAUAAAAGCUUUACAGAACUUUUUUCUUCAAUACUUGCCCAGCACAGUUGAACUUUCCUCAAAGGUACAUUAUUAUAUGAAGGAGGCAGAAGGUAGACUCUCUAUCAGGAUGGAAGAGAAGGAUUUCCAUGUUACAACUAAGUUAUCUUUCACUGGGACCACCUAUGCGAAUGUCAUUGAAAUGAUGCACACACUGCCCCAGUUAAAAAUCCUUCCAAAGCAGCUUGUGUUCAUGACUAGUUAUCAAAAAGAUAACAGAACUCAUAUGUUGCGGCACAUUACUCUGUGGAAUGGCAAGGAAGUCAAGGUGACAGGCACUUACACUGGACUCUUCCCAAAGUUAUCUGGAGAUCAUGAUAUUAAAUUGGAGCUUUCCCAUCCUCUCUCUCUCCCUUUUCCCUGGCGUACCAAUGUCAACAUAUACAUGGAACAUGCAGUGCACACUUAUCAGGAUGAUAUUACCAUUGGCUGGAAUGACAAGGACCAGGUAUUAAUCUCGUCUUCCCUGAAGUAUGGAAGAGAACGUAUUAAGUACCGAGCCACUGUCACUCACCCAUUUAAUUUCACCUUGAAGCAACUGGAGGUCAGUUCCUUGGGGGAAAGAAGAGAUGGAAAAUACAAUCAGCAGAUGCAGCUUGCAUGGAAUGGUGGACAGCCUGCUGAUUUCAACAUUUCUUUGGAAAACAAGUCUAAGAGCAGUAUCACCAGCUGGAAUGGUUGUAUGACAGUUUCUUCAGGUCAGCUGCAGAAAGUAUUACAGAUAGGACACCUUCAGGCAUGUGGAUCUAUACAGCAAGCAGCGGUCUUAUUUAAUGAAUAUCUAGAUCUGAACUGGGAUGGCAAAAAAGUUGAACAGAAUCUGACUUACGAGAGAAACCGACCAUCUUAUCCUGAUAAAAUUCAGCUAGAGGCCACUUUGGAAAACAUUUUACUGACUUCAUGCACCAAGCAACAUAUUCUAGCUAAAAUGGAAACAAACUAUUCAACAUGGCUGGAUUAUUACAUAAGCCUUGGACUCUGUGAUCUUCCAAAUGUAAGUCAAGUAUUGCUAUAUGGAUGUUGCUCAAAUUCAUAACUAUUUUCUGGUAAUUGGCUGAGUUUUACCAAACUGCAGAUUUCCACAAAAAAUGCAACUGUAUAUUUAUUUCUAGAAUGGCCUUUUGAGGUUGGAGAUCAUGUAUUCCACCAAACUUAUUUUUUUUAAUAGAUGCCAUAUGUAGAUUCUCUACUCUUCCUUAAGAAUGCUAAUGAGUUCCUCUUCUUCUGUAUUCCUCCUUUUUCAUUUUCUCACUCAAAAGUCCUUUAGCAUCUCUUUCUGGAACAUGUCAAAAAGUUCCAUGAAUUGGUCAAACUGGACACUAGACAUCUCCCCUGGGUUCCCAGGUAUAAGUUUUAUCACCUCCAUAGCACUGCAGCCUUUGUCUGUUCUGCUGCUGUGACAGUUUGGAACCUGAACUUUGAUCCUAGGCUUGAUGUUUGGUGUUCAGCUGACCUGAACAAACAGGCA